AUGGCUAAACAGAGAAGAGAAGAAGGAAAAAGCGAAUCUGGAGAGAGGGAUGUGGCCCCAAGCCUCCUGCUCUCUGUCCUCCUGGCGGAGAUGAGGCUGGUGCCUGGCCUGGCCCUUAGUCCUGGGUCACCAGAAGCCCAGGCAGAGAUGGACACUCUGGAGCCUCAGCCUCCUCAGAACCAGACUCGGGUGGCGGGAGUGCAGGCUCCUACUGAUGGGGAAGAUGAGCUGGGGACAGAGGGGGCCCUGAGCCACACCACGCCCCUGCUCCUGCCCCUCUUUAAGCUGAUCAGAGAGACCCUCUACCAGCUGGGCCUUGCCCAGGGGAGUUUUGCUUUCAUCCACAAGGAUUUUGAUUGCAAAGAGACCUUCCCCAAUUCACCCAAGAGGUCCCUUGAUAAAGCAUAUGCCUGUGAAUUUUCACAGUGCCCUCAGGCCCAGGGGCUCAUGAAAUUACACAAAGAGCCUCAGGGGGAAGUUCUCCAGCUAUUUGAUGAGAUUAAUCAAACCAAAUUGAUUCUUGUGGAUCACAUCUUGUUCUGAGGGACUUGGAUCAUGGAAGCGGCUGGCCUCAUGUGGCCCACCUUCACCAAAGCUGACACUUUCCACCUGGACAAGUCCAAGGCAGUCAAGGUGCCGGUGAUGUACAGGGCAGGCAAGUCUGCCUCCACCUUUGAUAAGAAGGUUCACUGCCAUGUCCUCCCACUGCCCUACUGAGGAAACGCCACCAUGCUGGUGGUCCUCAUGGGGAACACAGGUGACCACCUGGCCCUGGAAGGUGGUCUGACCACAGAGCUGGUGGAGACAUGGCUCAGGAACAGGUUUUUUCACUCAGUGAUUGAAGCUGAUGAGAAAGGCACUGAGGCAGUUGCAGGAACCCCGUCAGAAAUCACGUAUUUCCUGCCUCCGGUCACCAAGGUGCCCUGGCCAUUCCAUUUGAGGGUCUACAAGGAAACCUCGAGGGUGCUCCUAUUCCUGCAGGGCGGUGAAUCCAAUCUCCUGUGA